AUGACCGAAGAAUACCAACCCCCACCUCUCCCCCCGCCCUUCCACCACCACCACCACCAACACCGCACACAAUCACCAGCUACUACCACCACCACUACCACCACAACUACAACCACAACAACACCACCCCCACCGAUCCUCCUCACGCAGGGCGCCGAAGCCCACCUCUACAAGACCCACUACCUGAACGCGACCACCCACCCGGCGGCGCUGAAGAUCCGGCCCUCGAAACCCUACCGCCACCCGGUCCUGGACCGGCGCCUGACGCGCCAGCGCAUCCUCCAGGAAGCCCGGUGUCUGGCCAAGCUCGUGCGCGAGGGGGUGGCGGUGCCGGCGCUGUACGCGGUGGACUGGGAGGGGCAGACGGUGGUCGUGGACGCGGCCACGGGCGAGGAGCGGUACGGCGGAGCGUGGCUGCUGAUGGAGUGGGUGGAGGGCGAUGUGGUGCGGGUGGUGGUGCAGGCGUGGGAGCGGGCGAUGCUGGCGCGGUUCGCGGCGAACGAUCACAGCCCUUCGUCUCGGCGGAGACAGGCCGAUGGGGGUCCUGGGUCUGGGUCUGGGUCAGAGGUGCAAAUGGAGGUGGAUGGUGACCAUGGCGACCACGGGCAUGUGGAGCGCAAGCGCGAGGAGGAGCGGAUGAAGGAUCUGCUGCGGCGGAUUGGGGCCGCCGUUGGCCGGUUGCAUGCGGCUGGGGUGAUCCAUGGGGAUUUGACGACGAGUAAUCUCAUUCUGAGGCCUGCGUCAUCCAGAAAGGAGAGGGAGGGCGAGGGCGAGGGCGAGGUGGAUCUGGAGGGCGAGGUCGUGCUCAUCGAUUUCGGCCUCGCGAGUCAGAGUGUCCAGGAUGAGGAUCGCGCGGUGGACCUGUAUGUGCUUGAACGCGCGUUUGGGAGUACCCAUCCCCGCACGGAGGCGUUCUUCGCCGAGGUGUUGGACGGGUAUCGCGCUAGUUAUCGCGGGGCGGCAUCGGUGUUGAAGCGUUUGGAGGAGGUGCGCUUGCGCGGGAGGAAGAAGAGUAUGUUGGGCUAAGGCUUGUUCAUUUACUUG